UCUGUUUUGUGUUUCGUGGAGACGGGAGAGAGAGAGGAUGGCGAAUCAAGGAGCGAAGAAGCGAAAGGAGGAAAACGCUCGACACAUGGCCAAACUCCGUCGUCUCAUCAUCGGAUGCAAUGUCGUGUACAUCAUAGCGAGGAUGCUGAUUUUCCACUCAAGUGUUGCUUGGAAACACUGGAUUGGUCUGCUCAUAACGUCUCUGGCUUACGCGAUUCCGUAUAAGCAGCUUGAUCAGAUGGCAAAACCUAGCUUUACCGAUAGUGGCGAGCUUAUUGAUGGUGGAUUCGACAUGACAAGCGGUGGUAUUUGUGGAUAUUUGCAUGAUGUAGUCUACAUCACGAUGUUCGUGCAGUUAGCAUCCAUCAUCUCCGACAAAUUUUGGUACACAUAUCUAUUGAUUCCUGCAUUUGGUGCUUACAAAGCUUCUGGUCUUGUUCGAGGGUUCUUGUCUCAUGGUUCAGAGGGAGAAGUGGAAGAUGAGAAAACUCGUAAGAAAAGGGAGAAAAUGGAGAGGAAAGCUUCGAGAGGGCAGGCUAUCAGGACAAGAACAAGAUGAAAUACAUCCUGAUACGCUUCGGAUUUCGGCAUCUGGUAAAACAAGCUCGUAGCCUCCAAUGCCAAUUCAGCCUCCCCUGAAAAACGGAAUGUC